AUGCAAAUUGUUACGUUAUCACUCAUUUUCAUCUGGACGAUCGCCGUGUAUGGGGUGAAAUUGAAAGCGACUCCAGCAACUCCACCCAAACAAAUCUCGAAAAUCGUCAGCGGUGAUCCGAAAGUGAAGCCCACCACUAAAUCUCCAGUUAUUUCAAAAGUUGUCGGAUCGAUCGGCGAAAAGAAACCCGUCGGAUCAGUGAGCAAAAAAGUUUACGAUCAAACCUCACCGCCUCGUUCAUCAAAUUUGCUCGUGAAAAGACCAGCAAUUGUUGGGAAUCCCAAGAAGGAAAAAGCCGCCAAAGUUUUUAUGGGACAAAUUACACAAGCAGAGAAAAUCGUUUUGUCAACGGCUGUUCCCAUCGUGUUUCUUCAUCCGAAAGAGGGAACGAUUGUGACCAAAAUGCCGAAGAAUUUGGCGACGAUUGUUGAAACGAUCAAGAGAAAUCAAACACUAACCGAUGAGGAGAAAUGGAAAGAAAUCAAGGAAUGCGCGAGGAGACACGGAUUCGAGGAAAUAUUGAAGAAGUACACGAAACACGACAAUCUUCCCAAUCGAACAGUGAUUGAAGGC